AUCUCUUCCUUGGGGAUAAAAAACAUAUAAAAAACCGUUAAAGGCGUUUAAAGCGUCACGCGUGUAGGAAAUCACAGAUCCUAAUAAUCCCUAAACCUCGAAAUUGGCGCUAUGGCUUUAGUCCUGCUCCUUUUGUUAGCCCUAGGCUUUAGUUCUAUCAGUGGCCAGGCACUUGACCCUAAAAUACGUAGGGGAACUGAGACUAAGUCUCACUUCUGGGGCACCCUCACCCCCUUCUUCUCGGUGCCGUCAGAAAUCGACGCCGCUAUACCUGCAGGCUGCCAGAUCACCUUCGUACAAGUCCUGAGCCGGCACGGUUCUCGCAAUCCAAAGGCCACUAAGAUGCGGAAGUUCAAAGCACUUAUCGAGCGCAUCCGGACCAAAGUCUCCCACUACGGCGAUGGCCUUGAGGUCUUAAAGACCUACAAGUUACCCCAAGACGUGGACCAGCUUACACCGUUUGGCAAGAAGGAGUCUAUUGACUCAGGUAGAUCAUUCUACGCACGGUACCAGGAUCUGGCCACCGACAACGAUCCCUUUAUUCGAAGCAUUAGCGAGGACCGCGUGGUCCAGACAGCCUCUUUAUGGAAGCAAGGUUUCUAUCGCUCUAAGACAGGCGACAGCUCCCGUAAACUAGACAACAGAUCUCCUGGGCGCAUCCACAUUAUGCCCAUAAGGAAAGGCUUUAAUAAUACACUGCACCACGGCGUGUGUACAGCGUUUGAAAGAGACUUUGAUGAUCUUACUGAGGAAGCGCAAGCUCAGUGGCGUAUAAAAUAUACACGGCCAAUCACAGCACGGCUAAAUAAGAUGCUGCCUGGGGCUCAUCUCACAGCUGCUGAUACUGUGCUCUUAAUGUUACUGUGCCCAACGAACACAGUAGUCAACGGUAUAGAGUCAGAAGUCUGUAAGCUCUUUACAAAAGAGGAGUUUAAGAACUACGAAUACUCUGAGACACUUGGCAAAUAUUAUGCAUGGAGUUUAGGCAACUCGCUAGGUCCAACACAGGGGGUAGGCUUUACUAAUGAGCUCAUUGCGCGGUUAACGCAACAGCCAGUGGUCGACCAUACAUCAACCAACUCAACGCUUACUGGAGAUCCAGCAACAUUCCCACUUAAUAAGAAGAUAUACGCUGACUUUACCCGGGGUAACGUUAUGGUGGCUAUUUUUAGUGCGCUGGGACUAUUUGAUAAAGCAAAGCCACUGAGUAAGACGGAGAGGACACCAAUAGCAAAGGCUGGGGGUUUCUCAGCUAGCAGGUUAAUUCCGUUCGCAUCGCGUAUGUAUGUAGAGAAGAUGAAGUGUAGCGGCGAGACGGAUGAGGAGAUGGUCCGGGUGCUAAUCAACGAUCGGGUGAUGCCGCUAUCAGGUUGCGACGUUGAUAAGCUCGGCCGGUGCAAGCUAGGGCAGUUCGUGGAAAGCUUGGAAUUCGCGAGGAGUGGAGGGCACUGGGAUAAGUGUUUUGACUAAUAAUUACCCAGAGGUGCUAGGUUUUGGUCAAAGUUAAACACCCUCUCCAAGGAGGGGGCGAAAAAAGGGGUGUCACACCUGGUCCUACUGUCCUCUUUUUGUUAUUGAUUUCUCACCAAAACAAUCAAUUAUUUGGACAAGUUAUCGACAGAAAUCAAUACAUAAUGUCGGGAAGCAGCUGACAGGCUCAUACGAAGGUAGGGGGUCAAUGAAGAUGGA